UACAGAUUGUAUGGUAAUCACCUGACAGACAGUUCCUGCCCCCACCUGGCAUCUGGAAUAAGAAAUAACCCGACACUGAGGACACUGAACCUGUCUGGGAACAAUCUGGAGGGUCCUCAUUUCAGGGAUCUGAUGGUGGCUCUGACAACAAGCCGGAUAGAGGAAUUACGAUUGUCCUAUACUCACCUGACAGACAGUUCCUGCCCCCACCUGGCAUCUGGAAUAAGAAAUAACCCGACACUGAGGACACUGGACCUGUCUGGGAACAAUCUGGAGGGUCCUCAUUUCAGGGAUCUGAUGGCGGCUCUGACAACAAGCCGGAUAGAGGAAUUACAGAUCUUGAAUAAUUCCUUGUCAGAUGAAACUGAAAGGGAACUGAAAAAGUUGAAAUCCCUCCGACCAGAACUGAAGGUUUAUACAUGGUGA